UCGGCGGGCGCGGGGCGGCGGGUCCGGGGCGCCAUGGCCGUGGACAUCACGCUGCUGUUCCGGGCCAGCGUGAAGACGGUGAAGACGCGGAACAAGGCGCUGGGGGUGACGGUGGCGGGGCCCGACGGCGGGCGCGAUGAGCUCUUCCGGAAGAGCCCCCGGCCCAAGGGAGACUUCUCCGGCCGCGCCCGAGAGGUGAUUUCUCAUAUUGGGAAACUGAAGGAUUUUCUUCUGGAACACAGAAAAGAUUAUAUUAAUGCAUACAGCCACAGGAUGUCGGAAUAUAUGAGAAUGACCGAUACGGAACGGGACCAGAUUGAUCAAGAUGCUCAGAUCUUCAUGAGAACUUGUGCCGACGCCAUUCAGCAGCUAAGAACUGAAGCACACAAGGAAAUCCAUUCCCAGCAAGUCAAGGACCAUCGAACUGCGGUUCUGGGCUUCGUCGAAGAUUAUUUAAAAAGAGUGUGUCAAUUAUAUUCUGAGCAAAGAGCCAUCAGAGUAAAGCGCGUGGUCGACAAGAAAAGAUUGUCCAGACUUGAACCUGAAAAGAGUACUAAGACAGAAUUCGCCUCUUCUGAGAAAUCUUCGCAGGAUCCUUCAGAAGAAUCUGAAGAAAAAUCUGCUACUGAAGAAAACCGAGAUAAGAAUUUAACCGAUCCGCGUUCUAAUUUUGGACUUUGGGGUGAUGGCAGAAGUGAGGAUGAGUUGUCCCCAGAAGAAAUACAAGUGUUUGAACAAGAAAAUCAGCGACUUGUGGGUGAAAUGAAUAGCUUGUUUGACGAAGUGAGGCAAAUUGAAGGAAAAGUGGUGGAGAUAUCCAGACUUCAAGAGAUUUUCACAGAAAAAGUUAUGCAACAGGAAACUGAAAUUGACACUCUCCACCAGUUGGUUGUGGGUGCAACGGAGAACAUCAAGGAAGGCAAUGAAGACAUAAGAGAGGCAAUUAAAAACAAUGCUGGAUUUCGUGUAUGGGUUCUUUUCUUCCUCGUGAUGUGUUCAUUCUCCUUGCUCUUCCUGGACUGGUACGACAGUUAGUUUGGAGGACAUUUAAAAAAAACCACCAAAAACAACCCUCGUCCCUCACCUGUGUAAACAUGAAAAUCGCCGCCAAAUAUUUCCCUUGAGACCAGGCCAACCGUAUCCUCUUCCAAGCAGACGAUGACACCACUGUGGUUGAAAUAUAUCCCGACAAAGCCAUCUGCAUAUGUAUCUGCAGAAAGACAAGCUCCCGGACAGACGAUGAAAACCCGCCUUUUAAUGCCUUCAGUAUCUGUGUGAAGACGGAAUGACUGAAGGUAGGCCCCGGUUCGAUGAGCUAAGAGAAAUCUGUUUUAAAAACUGCAGGAGGAGAGUGCAGACCCCAGCGAGCUUAAGGCGGGGGAACUACACAGUGGCAAAUAGGCCCUGCCACUAAACAAAUCUUCCGGGGGCCGGGGGGCGGGGAGGAACACAGAGAAAGACAGUUGGUGCUUCCAUCUUGUUAGCCUUCAAGGAAAAGCAUGGCUUAACCGCCCCUCCUCCCAGCAAAGCGAUCGUCUCUCUUUGUGUCCCCGUCGCUUCUCAUCUGGGAGAAUCGAUUAGCCGCUCAUUCGAAAGGCCCUUGUAACAGCGGGGACCGACAAUCUGAAGAAUUUAAGCAGCUUUUAUUUAGGAGAGACUGAAAGGGAGGGAAAACCAGAUCGUGGAAUGAAGGGGCGUGCCAAUUACCCCAGACGGAUUAGGGAGACCCAAGUCAAAGUCCCUGACCCUUUCAGGAUGGGGGAGAUGGAGCCGGGCUGAACUGGAACCGGGGGAUCGGCUGUCAGAGAUGGGGCCACGUCAGAUCCAGGACAGACAGAAGGAGAGGCGAUCCGUCGGGCCCGAUCUCUGACAAUUGGGUUUCGAGACUAAAGGGAAGGCGGGGGAGAGGAGAGGCUGGUUUCGCUCGAAGGGACCACCAUCGGGAAAGUCACCCCAGGGUCAGACGUGACUGGACGGGAAGCGCUGUCCUGCCUUGACCCCGACGUGCCCCUCUCCUCACAACGCCUCCAUUUCAGGCUGUCUGUUUCAAAAGGAUGCGGCUGGUCAUCUCGGGAUAUGCAGGGGCGCUAACGAUAACCUAGGAAAUGUGCAAUGGUGGGGGCCACCCGGUUUGACUUCGUUUAUGCGGAAUGAAAAUGACAAAUGUUAUCUGUGAUUUCUUCCGUGUGCAAUAAAGUACACCUCUACUAGAAAACGCAAA